UUCUCUCCUUACCGUUUUACACGUAGUCUGUUUGAAGAGCACCUUCAUGGAGGUCAACGGACAUUUGGUCCGAGACAUGGCGGACACACUGCACUCCAUGUCUCCUUCGCACUGACCCCGAGACGCCAUAGGUCUUAUGGAUUCCAGCAUGAAUAAAGGGCAUAACGUUAGUUCUGAAACUUUAACCACAGCGAACCCUGAGCUAAUACAUGACGUCAUACAUAUAGUUUAACCAUUUCAACGUGACACUUUAUUUAACACGCUAACCUUCCGGUUGCAAGAGGCCAGUGGCAGUAGCUGCUUCUCUGUCCACACAUGUGACUAAACACGUCACACUCCAUGACACAAACUGUGUGAGACAACUAUUGUAUUUAGUUGUAUUAGUGUUAUUUGACAUUGGUAUUGGAGAUGUACUCUUAGGUGUGUUUGUAAUCCUACUUGUUGAUAUCGUACAUUUCUGUUUAUGGUGAAAUGAAUCAGUCUGAAAUAUCAGUUGUUUGCUAAUAGUGUAAAUGUAACACCUGGUAAAUAAAGUUACUUCAUCACAUUUAUUAAAACACAAAAUUGUCUGAAAGCAGUGCUGCUCAUUGAUUUGCGUCAUAAACCUCAAUGACCAAUGAAACAUUGCAUUCAUUGAGCUGCGUCUUCAGGACUGCAUGCUUAUUGUGGAGGAGAGCUAGAUGGCAUCAGAUAUAUCCAAGCAAGAGAGAUUGAAGAGAUAGAAACCUGGAUAUGAAUGAGAAGGAAGAAAUGUCAAAGUUGACAAAUUUAGAUUUUCUCAUCGGCUUCAACACAAAAGCAUUGAACAACUCGGCCAGCACCAACGCUACAGAGCAAGAGCACUGCACCUUUCAGGUACACUGACAGCAGCAGUUUACAGCAGAAGACUGUGACUGUGACACAGCUUACACCUGGAUCCAGCACAUAACACGACUUCUACACCCAUGAGAUACAGAUAUCAGUGUGGUUAUGUAGCAUGAUCUCAGUGCAGCAUUACAUGAGGUCCUGCUGUAGUUCUGUUGUUCUGCAUACUCCAUGUGUAAUGCGGUUCUUCUGUGUUCUUCUGCAGGGUCUCCAGCUGGAGAACUGGGGUGUCCUGAGGAGUCGCCCGGCUGCUUGGUUCUGCACUCAGGCCGAAGAACCUGAACAGCUAGUGAAGAAGACCAAGGCUGUAAGCAAGACAGCAGAGGCUCCAGAUGAGAGAGCAACCUUGCUAGCCUAUAAGACAACAGUUACCUUCCCAGCUAGACUUUCACAGCCUGGAGUUUUCCCAACACACACUCUAGGUGUAACUGAACCAGUGGCCCACCCCAGUGCCACCGCAGUCACAACUGUAGCCGCCCCAGCCGCUGCGGCCCCAGCCGCUGCAGCCUCCUCUGAACCUGGUGAUCCAGCAGCUGACGGAUCAUCUUCCUCAUCGUCCAGUGACUCAGACUCAGACUCAGACUCAGACUCUGAGGAAGAGAAGUCAGAAGUGAAGACCGAAACCAAGACCUCACCACCAGAGGUGUCAGAAUCCACUGUGAAAGAAGCAGCAGAAGUCCAGGAGAACACUUUAGAGGUGAAGGAAGACACUAAUGAAGCUAAGAUGGAAGUUCCACCAGAACCUGAAGCUACUCCCGCUUGUGCUGCUGAGGAUGCACAGGAGGCCGCUCCAGCAGCAGUAGCAUCCCCCACAGAAGCAGCUCAAGCCACCGUCGAGGUACCCGGUGUUAGCUCUGAGGAGUUAGUGGACCCCGCUCCUGAGAUCUGCAAUGCCACCAAAGACACUGUGACCAGCCCAGACGUUUCAGCUGAAGCUGCAGUGGAACCCGCUCCAAAAGUAGAAGAAGACAGUGCAUCUCCUGCCAUCCCCGAUGCCCAAGUAAAAACUUCAGCUGAAGUUGUGAUCGAGCCUGCAUCUCCAGAAAAAGCCCAGACUGAUGCUCCAGUAGAAACCACAGAGAGUGCCUCUGCUGAAGCCCCUGCAGAAGCUGCUGAAGCUGCCCCUGUAGAAGCUGAUGCUAAAGCUGCUGCAGAGCCUGCUGAAGUGGCUGGCGAGGCUGCCACGGUAGUUUCUGCCCCUGUGGAGAGCACCGAGGAGCUGGUGGACCCUGCUCCAGUGGUAGCUGAAGCUGCUCCUGCUGAAGUGGUUGCUGAGGCUGCAGCUGAAGUUUCUGCCCCAGUGGAGAGCACUGAGGAGCUGGUGGACCCUGCUCCAGUUGUAGCUGAAGCUGCAGGAGAGGAGCUGCAGGCGGACGCCCCAGCUGAACCACCUGAGGAGGCUGCAGCACCUCCGGAGCCCGAUGAGCCUUUUGACAACAGCACUUAUAAAAACCAGCAGCACCACAACUACACCCCCCACACAUUUUCAGACCUGGAUGUGGAGAUGGCCAAGUUUCGUCUCCCGCAGCCCUCCUCUGUCAGGCACUAGAGGAGUCGGCCUUGCUACAAACCUUUAUAUUGCUUAAAGAUGAUGAUGGUGAUGGUGUUGGCACUGUUUAUGAUGAUCAUUCCCUCACCUGUAAGAUCUGCAUGCAAUUCUGCUGUUAAAAUAUUAUAUUAUUAAAGCACAAAAAUGGGAAAUGAA